AUGGCUGGUCGACCUAUGUAUCUCGGUCCUGGCCUUGUCUGCGCUGACAUCAAUCUCUUCCAAGCCCAAGAACCUGCCACGUCAAGCUACGCAGUCGUAUGGCGAGACCGAGAGGCCUGUAGGGCAGCCGCCUACCACGUCGACGUCCGUGAGGAGGGCGCAGGUGCAAGCGUUGAUAGCGAGAGUCAAGGACCGGUAUGGCCGCAUCGCUAUCUGUGUAACUACAGCCGGGGUAAGCCAGUCAAGUCGUGA